UAUUUAAUUAUAUUUAAUUCAUGUUAUUACCACGAUUAUAGAUAGGAUAUAUCCUAUCUGUAAUCGUGAUUAUUACAUAAUUUGUGUUAAUGAUAUGGAGUGAGAUCUGAAAAUGGUCGCGGGAAAACCUAGAGGAAAAAUUUAAAAUGUCGACCCACUGCGUAGAGAAGAUUCUUAUUCUAUACAUCAUGUUAACCAUAGCAUAUUAUUAUGUCUAUAAUUUAAAUGGUUUUAAUUAAUACAUGAUUUAAGAAAAAAUAUUACGUUUAAAGUGAGAAAACCAUUGUUGUAUGUCUAUAUUUCUAAGAUACAACAAAUACAUCUGUCAUGGAGUAAAUAACGUACAAUAAUUAUUUAUUUCAUAGUUAAGUAUAAUGAUAAUGUAAUCUAUAUCCUAUCUCAUAUUUCUUUCGCUUUUUUAUUACGAUAUGUCACACCAUAGACUAAUAUAGAGGUGCUGUUCUCUAUUACGAUUAUAUAACCGAAUUGUCGCCAUAAACAAAAUAUCCUGUGUCUAUUAGCUUGAUAUUUCCUCACUAAGUUGCGUUGAAGACUACAUAGAAAUGUGAUAACCAUAUUUUGUUAUGCAUAUUGCCUGAUAGUAAUAUAACGAAAAUCCAAAAACGAAGAAUUACGAAUUCGAAUUGAAACUGUUGUUUCUUUAAUGUUGGCAUUUAUUGAUUUACAUUAAUUAAAUUAUACAUUAUUAUUGUGAUACUUAAUUGUUGAGUGUUAUAGUAUUUUAAAUAAUAUAAAUUUAGUUUAUUUAAAAUGCCGAGCUGUUUUGUUUGUGGUAGAUCAAGAAUACCUUUAACAAAACUUCAAAAUAUUAUUUUUCAAAGAUUUUCUGCUGAUCCGAAGAUACAGGAAAAAUGGUUUGAUUUUUUUAAGGAAAAUGGUUUAGAUGUAUACAAAAUUACAAAGCAUAGCCUGAUAUGUUCAAGUCAUUUUGACCCAUCUUUAUUCAUCACAAAUAAAUACUGUAGAACUUUAUCAAAAACAUCAGUUCUUAGUAUUGUAAUAUCUAAAGUGUGA